CCCUGCUGCUAUCUCUCCCAGCAACCAGCCCCCAGCCCACCUGAUGUCCCCAGCCCCAUCCUCACCUCCACCCCUUCUCCACAGAAGGAUGGCCGACGUCCAGACACAGGCGGCCCCUGCACCGACCAUCCCGGUGACCACCACAGAGGAGCUGUCCCUGCCACCACCCCCACCCCUGGAGGACCUGCCGCCACCACCGCCCAAGGAAUCCUUCUCCAGCUUCCACCGGCAGCGGCAAGCCAGUGAGCUGCGCCGACUGUACAGACAUAUCCACCCCGAGCUCCGGAAGAACCUGGCCGAGGCUGUGGCGGAGGACCUGGCUGAAGUCCUGAGCUCUGAGGAGCCCACGGAGGGUGAUGUCCAGUGCAUGCGCUGGAUCUUUGAGAACUGGAGGCUGGACGCCAUUGGGGACCACGAGAAGCCAGCUGCCAAGGAGCCAGUGCCUGGUGGCGACGUCCAGGCCACCUCCCGCAAGUUUGAGGAAGGCUCCUUUGCCAACAGCACAGGCCAGGAGCCAGCCGCCGCCCAGGCGUCCGGAGGGGACGUUCGUGCAGCCCGUUGGCUGUUUGAGACGAAGUCGCUGGGUGAGCUGACUGGCCAGGACAAGCCACCGGAGGCUACAGUGAGAGAGCCUGCAGCCAGUGGAGACGUCCAGGGUACCAGGAUGCUCUUUGAGACGCGGCCCCUGGACCGCCUGGGCUCCCGCCCCUCCAUCCAGGAGCAGAGCCCCUUGGAGCUGCGCUCCGAGAUCCAGGAGCUGAAGGGCGACGUGAAGAAGACCGUGAAGCUAUUCCAGACGGAGCCGCUGUGCGCCAUCCAGGAUGCGGAGGGCGCCAUCCAUGAGGUGAAGGCUGCGUGCCGUGAGGAGAUCCAGAGCAAUGCAGUCAGGACUGCCCGCUGGCUCUUCGAGACCCAGCCUCUGGACGCCAUCAACCGGGACCCCAGCCAGGUGAAGGUGAUCCGAGGCAUCUCCCUGGAGGAGGGGGCUCGGCCUGAUGUCAGUGCAGCUCGCUGGAUCUUUGAGACACAGCCCCUGGAUGCCAUCCGGGAAAUCGUUGUGGAUGAGAAGGACUUCCAGCCAUCCCCAGACCUCAUCCCUCCUGGCCCAGAUGUCCAGCAGCAGCGGCACCUGUUUGAGACCCAAGCUUUAGACACUCUGAAGGGGGAUGAGGAAGCCAGAGCAGAGGCCCCACCCAAGGAGGAGGUGGUCCCCGGCAACGUCCGCUCCACCCUGUGGCUGUUUGAGACGAAGCCCCUAGACGCUCUCAGAGACGAGGUCCAAGUGGGUCACCUGCAGCGAGUGGGCCCCCAGGAGGGGGAGGGGCUCAGGUAUGAGCGUUUGUCCAGUGGUGGCUGCUCAGCACUGCCCCUCUCUCAGAGUGCCCCUGAGAGGGAAGGGGUGAAGGGGGAUGUGAAGACCUUCAAGAACCUUUUUGAGACGCUCCCCUUGGACAGCAUCGGGCAGGGCAAGCAUCCAGCCCCUGGGAGUGUGAGCAGAGCAGAAGGGACUGAGUCCCGUGGACAGCCCCAGGACACCAGGUCCCCCGUGUACGCCAUGCAGGACAGCAAGGGCCACCUGCACGCCCUGACCUCAGUCAGCAGAGAGCAGGUGGUGGGGGGCAAUGUGCAGGGCUACAGGUGGAUGUUUGAGACGCAGCCCCUAGAUGGACUAGCCCAACACCCCAGUACCGUUGAUGUGGUACGGGGCAUCACCCGACAGGAAGUGGUAGCUGGGGACGUGGGCACUGCUCGGUGGCUCUUUGAGACACAGCCCCUGGAGGUGAUCCACCAGCGGGAGAGGCAGGAACGACAAGAAGAAGAGGGCAAAGGUCAGGGAGGCAUCCAGCCCGAAGCCCCCCCAAAGGGUGAUGUGCAGACCAUCCGGUGGUUGUUCGAGACACACCCGAUGAGUGAGCUGGUGGAGAAGCAGGGGUCAGAGGUCACAGACCCCACAGCCAAGCCUGAGGUCCGGUCCUGCACCUGGAUGUUUGAUCCCCAACCCCUGGACAGGCCAGAGGGCUCUAGGGAGCAGCACCUGCGGAUUGGCCAAGUCCAGGCUGGGGAAAGACAGACAGAUGGACAUAUCUUUGAGACGGAGCCUCUGCAGGCCCCAGGCCGCCCCUGCAGGAGAGGGCCUGUGCGAUACUGCAGCCGAGUGGAGAUCCCUUCGGGCCAGGUGUCUCGUCAGAAGGAGGUUUUCCAGGCCCUGGAGGCAGGCAAGAGGGACAACCAGGCGUCCAGGGUAGCCCCUGGGCCCAUCCCUGGGGGUGCUGUGCACAAGUUCACAUGGCUCUUUGAGAACUGCCCCAUGGGCUCCCUAGCAGCUGAGAGCAUCCGAGGGGGCAGUCUCCAGGAAGAGCAGCCGGUGGGCCCCUCAGGCAACAGGGUACCAGAGAGGCAGGAGACUGCUGCCGAGGGGACCCUGCGGACCCUGCACGCUACUCCUGGCAUCCUGCACCACGGGGGCAUCCUCAUGGAGGCCCGCGGGCUGGGGGAGCUCUGCCUUGCCAAGUAUGUUCUCCCAAGCCCAGGACAGGGGCGCCCCCACGUCCGGAAGGAAGAGCUGGUGUCUGGGGAGCUUCCCAGGAUCGUCCGACAAGUGCUGCGCCGGCCAGAUGUGGACCAGCAGGGGCUGCUGGUGCAGGAGGACCCAGCGGGUCAGCUCCAGCUCACGCCACUGAGGCUGCCAGAUCCCAGCAGCAGCAGGAGUAUUGAUGACCUGGACCCCGAGCUCCAGCAGGUGCUGGCCUGUAGCCUCAGGGCCUCGGUGGCAAGGAUCGGGCUGGUGAUGCAGGAAACAGAGCAGGGCCUGGUGGCACUGACAGCCUACUCCCUGCAGCCCCGGCCAGCCAACAGAGCCCCCGAGAAGGGCAGUGUGCAGCUGCUGGCCAGCUGCAUAAACAAAGGGGACCUGAGUGGUCUGCACAGUCUGCGGUGGGAGCCGCCAGCUGACCCAAGUCCAGUGCCAGGCAGCGAGGGGGCCCAGAGGCUGCCCCUGACUGACAGCAUCAUCCAUGUGCCUCCCCUGGACCCCAGCCUGGGCAUGGGGCAUCUUCGAGGCCCAGGGGCGGCCACCUGCCCCCUGCCGUCUGUUGGAAAGGCAGUCCCUCUGGCUGGGGACACUGCAACCCCAGCCCGCUUGCAGGGAGUAGAAAAGCAGGAAGACAGUCACACUGGGCAGAAAGGGAUGGCAACCUUGGGGAAGGCGGAGGGAGCCAUGGCUGUGCCCCAGGGCCCCGGGACCCCAGACCUCCAGGCCGCCGUACAGAGUCUGCGGAUGGCAACGGCCAAGGCCCAAAGCCUGCACCAACAAGUCCUCAACAAGCAUAAGCAGGGCCCGGGCCCCACAGCCACCUCCACUCCCUUCCAGAACGGCCUUCUGCAAGCACCGGCCGUGGCCCCUGGGGCUGCCCGGAGCAACACCAGGCCUGUGGCCGGAGGCGACCCCAGGAUCUCUGCAGGCCCCCGAAAGGUCAGUGGGGAAGAGAAUGCACCACCCAGAGGGCUGCCCAUGGGGUGGGGGACUGUUCAGGACGGUGUCUACACUGCUCACCCGGUGAGAACCUUUGACCCACUCAGGGGUGUCCAGCCUUCCGAAAGGGAACCACACCCGAGGGACAAGGAGACUGCCCUCCCAGCCCAGGCUCCCAGCCCACUCUGGGGAGGCCUGGGCCAGAGUCUCGGGCCAGGGCGGGAAAAGCCGGGGGACUGCACACAGAGCACCUGGGGGCCUCCGGGGAAGGCGGUGGCAGAAGUCGGCCAGGGGGGCCUCCAACCUGCAGAGACCACCCUGAAAGCUGCCCCUUUAGCCCACCACACUCUGGCCACCAGGCCUCAGGAAGCAGGUGCCAGCCUGCACUCCCAUAAUGCCUCUGUUCGUCCUCCCCCUCCUCUCCCAGCUGCUGUGAAGAGACCCGACUUCCCAGCCCGAACACGCCACAGAGAGGACUCCGUCCAGCAAGGCUCCGAGCCCCUGCGGGACCCCCUCCCCCACCCCCACAGCAGCCCUGCUGGCCAGAGAAGCCCUGAGGGGUCAGAGACACAGACCCUGAAGCUGGAGCCUACCACACCACCAAGGAAGAAGCCCCAACUGCCCCCCAAACCUGCCUACCUCUCCCUGACCCAUCCUCCUCGGAGGCUGCCCAAGCCCCCAGCUCUGUCUCCCAGAUCCUUCUCAGAGGUGGGCCCAGGAGAACACAAACAAGGUGAGAGAGAUACAGCCAUCCUUCAGACAGCAAAGGUCCCCACCACUGCAGACCAGCCUGGCCCCCAACAUGGCCUCAGCACCAUGGGCCCCAGGCCCGCCGACAGUCAGGUUCUGGACAACAAUGCUCAGAGCCCUGAGCCCCUCAAACUCAGAGUUCCCAGCAGUGACCCCACCUCACCACAGUGGGGCCCCAGUUCCGGAGGAGAGCAGCCCAAGGAAGGCUCCCAGCAGGUGGCCCCUGAGCACCCCGGGACUCUGCAGGGAAGCCACCAGGAGCUUCAGGGCCUCCUGAACCAAGUGCAAGCCCUGGAGAAGGAGGCCAUGAGCAGCGUGGAUGUACGGGCUCUGCGGAGGCUCUUUGAGGCUGUGCCCCAGCUGGGAGGGGACACCCCUCAGGUGCCUGCUGCCCCCCACAAGCCCGAGGCCUCCGUGGAGCAAGCCUUUGGGGAGCUGACGAGGGUCAGCACGGAGGUUGCCCGGCUAAAGGAACAGACCCUGGCCAGGCUGCUGGACAUUGAGGAGGCUGUGCACAAGGCCCUCAACUCCAUGUCCAGCCUUCAGCCUGAGGCUAAUGCCAGAGGCCACUCUCAGGGAACCCCAAAGGACCCCAAUGCCCACAAGACCAGUGUCACGGCCAGCAGCAGAGCCCUGCCCAACUGGUCAGUUCAGGAAGCCAGGGGUCAGACUGGAGUCAAGAGCCAAACCGAGGCUGGAUGCCACACUGAGGUCCAGAGUCAAGCCAAGGUCAGAGAUCACACAGAGGUCAGAGGUCAAGCAGCCUCCACUGCCCCUCCCACCAGGAGGCUGGACACACUGAGAGAAGAUGGGGGCCAUCCUCGGGUCCUGCCCCCCUGCAGAGAUUCAGCCUCCUCCCCAACCUUCAUCUCCAUCCACUCAGCCACAAGGAAGCCUCUGGAGGCUCCCAGGCCCAAGGGCAGCCCCAACUUCACUGUAAAAAGCACACACCUGGCCCAGGACGCGUUCCACCAGGAAGGUGCCCAGGAUGAGGUCGCCAGGAAGGAGGUCACCUGGUGCUCUGGACAGCUGGAGCCUGUCCCUGCCUUGGCCAGCCCCCUGCCCACCGGGCGGCAGAAAAGUGUUCUGGAGCUGCAGACUGGGCCGGGUGGCUCCCAGUGCUACGGGGCCACAAGAACCAUGACCGAGCAGUACGAGGAGGUGGACCAGUUUGGGAAUACCAUCCUAGCAUCCUCCACCACAGUCACCCAGCAGGUGGAGCCACCCAGGGCCCCAGGCCCCCACCUCGGGCUCCGAGCCUCACCCUUGCUGCGGCAGUUCCUACACAGCCCAGCAGGCCUCAGCAGUGGCCUGGCCGACCCUGGGAUGGCACCUGUGUCCUGUGGCCACUCCCAGCCAGCUGCCCAGUGAGUGUCCCACCUCCCACCAGCCUCCCACCACCUUUGGGGCACCUCCUUCCAGUGCCCCAGGACUGAGGUGGGCACUGACCUCCGGCACACAUGGAGCAAGGACCAAGAAGAAAGGGUAUCUCCAGAAACUGCUGUGGUCAGUUGCCCUCUCAUCAGUUCCACCAAAGGCCCAGAUCUUGCAAGGAGGGAGGAAGGGCCAGGAAGAGGGCGGGAGCAGGAUGAAGGCUCCCAGCAGCCUGUGGAGGCUCUGCUAUGUACAGACAGGUGUUUCAUACACGAGCCAGGCCCAUGCACAGACAUCCGUGUGCAUGCACACCACUGCCUGCCCUGGAGCCCCCCUCUGAGGACCCCUCCAUCCCAGCCUUCGUGUCUUUUAUUACUAGUCUGAGCAUUCUCAGACAUCCACUCCUUAAGCCCUACAGAGAGCCAGGGUCAACUGAACACAGGACUGGGCUCUGCUUGGGAUUGAUCUGCGGGUCGUCAGCUCCGGCAUCACCACCUCCAUUGUUCAGCCCGUCCUGGCAGUCCGAAAGUCACAAAGAGAGGGUGAGAGUUGUAAUGUUCCUAGAAGCCAAAUGAACUGCCUUUCUCUGCCCCCCUCCCAGCCCCACACUCUGCACCCCAAAUGGAAGGAGACAGUCUGAAUAAACCCAAGUUUUACUCUCUACUCUGUGUGUAUCUGACUGUACACCCAUCCCAGAGUCUGUGUCCCCACUGUGGGGGAAAAUGGCCAUAGUCACCAGGC